GGUGACAGGUGCGGCGUAUAUUUAAAUGGCUGGCCACCGGAAUCCGGUACAGAAGAUUUGACUCAGGCUACGAUCUCAGCAUACGACAGGAGAUUCCAAAACAUAUGGCACGUUAGCAGCGCCGUACUCGUAGUAAUAAAAGAGCUUGCGGCGCCAGACCCUGCAGCCUAAGCUUGGACGGACUCACCAGCUAGCAGCAGCCUAGAGAGGUCAGCACUGGCAUCUCUGUAGCUUUCCCCGUCGAUCCUUUCUAGCCAAGCAAAACAGUUCUUGCAGCUUCUUCUCCUCUGGCUCAACAAGGGCUGCAACAGGAGCUGAUCCAUUUGGAAGCAACAGAGAUUGUUCGCGCAGAUGGCUUCUGUCACAAACGGUGAGGUAGCUGAUUUUGAGACUCAGGUGACUCCCUUUGCUAAAGCUGGGUUUUUCAGCAAGAUUUCAUUUUGGUGGUUGAAUCCUCUAAUGAAGAUGGGCUACGAGAAACCCCUUGAGGACAAAGACAUGCCACUUUUAGGUGCCACAGAUCGAGCAUGCAACCAGUACUUGAUGUUCAUGGAGAAGCUGAAUGGCAAGAAGCAGUCGCUGCCACACGCCACACCAUCAUUCUUCUGGACUAUUGUUUCUUGUCACAGGCAUGCAAUCUUGGUCUCAGGUUUCUUUGCUUUGCUCAAGGUUCUCACCUUAUCUGCUGGCCCAGUAGUCCUCAAGGCGUUCAUCAAUGUAUCACUUGGGAAAGGGACCUUUAAACACGAAGGCUAUGUGCUAGCUGCGUUAAUGUUCAUCUGCAAAUUCUGUGAAUCCCUGUCACAGAGACAGUGGAAUUUCCGCACUCGGAGAUUAGGACUGCAGGUGAGGUCACUCCUGUCAGCAGCUAUUUAUAAGAAACAACAGAAGCUAUCAAAUGCAGCAAAAAAGAAGCACUCUUCUGGAGAAAUUUUGAACUAUGUGACUGUCGAUGCCUAUCGGAUUGGGGAAUUCCCAUUCUGGUUCCAUCAGACAUGGACAACAAGUGUUCAGCUUUGCAUUGCUCUGGCAAUUCUAUACAAUGCGGUUGGUGCUGCAAUGGUUUCAUCUUUGGUCGUUAUUAUUAUUGCUGUACUGUGCAAUAUUCCAUUGGCCAGACGGCAACACAAAUUUCAGAGUAAACUUAUGGAAGCACAGGAUGUGAGAUUGAAGGCCAUGUCUGAGUCAUUUGUUCAUAUGAAGAUCUUGAAACUUUAUGCAUGGGAAGCUCACUUCAAUAAGGUCAUCGAGGGGUUGAGAGAGGUUGAGUACAAGUGGUUGUCAGCAUUCCAGUUUAGGAGGGCAUACCAUAGUUUCCUCUGUUGGGCAUCGCCUAAUUUUGUUUCUGCAGCGACCUUUAUAACAUGCUAUCUUUUGAAAACCCCUCUUGAUGCUAGCAAUGUCUUCACUUUUGUGGCAACCCUGCGUCUCGUGCAAGAGCCAGUUAGGUCAAUACCAGAUGUUAUCCGCGUUGUGAUACAAGCUAAGGUUGCUUUCACUCGAAUAUCGAAGUUCCUUGAUGCAUCUGAGCUUAACGGGCAAGUUAAGAAAAAAUACAACGUUGGCAUUGAUUACCCUAUACCCAUAGCGAUGAAUUCGUGUAGCUUCUCAUGGGAUGAGAAUACAUCAAAACCAGCUCUAAAUAAUAUAAAUCUGAUAGUGAAAGCUGGAGAAAAGAUUGCAAUUUGUGGAGAGGUAGGAUCAGGAAAGUCGACGCUUUUGGCUGCUGUACUUGGAGAGAUCCCAAAAACCAAAGGCACGAUCCAAGUCUGCGGGAAAAUAGCAUAUAUUUCUCAGAAUGCAUGGAUCCAAACAGGAACCGUGCAAGACAAUAUUCUCUUUGGAUCACCGAUGGACGUGGAAAGAUACCAGAACACACUCGUGAGGUGCUCGUUGGUCAAGGACCUUGAGAUGUUCCCAUAUGGAGAUUGUACUCAAAUUGGGGAGAGAGGAGUAAAUCUUAGUGGUGGUCAGAAGCAGCGGGUCCAGCUUGCUCGUGCACUAUACCAAAAUGCAGACAUCUAUCUUCUUGAUGACCCUUUCAGUGCCGUUGAUGUCCAUACAGCCACAAGUCUCUUCAAUUUAAUGUCAGAUGGAGAAGUUAUCCUGUCUGCACCUUAUCAAGAUCUAUUGGCAGAUUGUGAAGAAUAUAAAGACCUUGUAAAUGCCCAUAAAGAUACGAUGGGUAUUUCGGAUCUUAAUAACAACUCAGACUCUCAAAGAGCUAAGGAAGUAUCGAUCAAGGAGACAGUUGGUAUUCAUGGAAGCAGAUAUACAGAGUCUGUGAAGCCAUCGCAGGAAAAUCAACUGAUCAGGAAAGAGGAAAGAGAAACAGGGGAUGCAGGUGUUAAGCCUUAUAUGCUUUACCUGCGCCAGAACAAAGGUUUCCUGUAUUUCUCUUUUUGUGCUAUUUCUCACAUAAUUUUCAUAGCUGGGCAAAUAUCACAGAAUUCAUGGAUGGCUGCUAAUGUUCAAAAUCCUGAUGUUAGUACACUGAAGUUAAUUUAUGUGUACAUUAUUAUUGGAGUUUGCACAAUGCUCUUCUUACUAUCAAGAUCUUUAGGAAUCGUUGUUCUUGGGAUCCAGACAUCACGAUCCUUAUUUUCCCAGUUGCUCAAUUCAUUUUUCCGUGCACCAAUGUCCUUUUUUGAUUCUACUCCUCUAGGAAGGGUUCUUAGCCGGGUCUCUUCAGAUUUGAGUAUUGUUGACCUUGAUAUUCCAUUUGCCUUUGUGUUUAGCCUUUCUACUAGCUUAAAUGCAUAUAGCAAUCUAGGGGUAUUGGUUGUUAUUACAUGGCAAGCUCUGUUUGUAUCCGUGCCAAUGAUAGUUUUGCGAAUUUGGUUACAGAGGUACUAUCUAGCCUCGGCAAGGGAAUUGAUGCGGAUCAAUGGUACUACCAAGUCUGCUCUAUCAAAUCACUUAGGUGAAUCGAUUUCAGGGGCUACAACAAUAAGGGCCUUUGAGAAUGAAGAUCGUUUCUUUGCUAAAAAUUUGGAUCUUAUUGACAAGAAUGCCAGUCCAUAUUUCUACAAUUUUGCAGCAACUGAAUGGCUGAUUCAACGUCUGGAGAUAAUGAGCGCCACAGUUCUUUCUUUUUCUGCCUUUGUCAUGGCCAUUUCUCCUCAAGGAACUUUUAGCCCUGGUUUUGUGGGAAUGGCAUUGUCCUAUGGUCUUUCCCUAAAUAUUUCAUUUGUUUUCUCUAUUCAAUGCCAAUGCAACCUUGCAAAUCAAUUAAUCUCGGUGGAACGUGUGAACCAGUACAUGGACUUACAAAGUGAAGCAGCAGAAGCUGUUGAAGAAAAUCGACCAUUACCAGAUUGGCCCCAAGAUGGCAAUGUGGAGAUUAGAAAUUUGAAAAUCAGGUAUAGGGAAGAUACUCCCCUUGUACUACGUGGAAUCAGUUGCAAGUUUGAAGGUGGAGAUAAGAUUGGUAUAGUUGGUCGAACGGGAAGUGGCAAGACAACGUUAAUUGGUGCAUUGUUCCGACUUGUUGAACCUGCCGAAGGGAAAAUAAUUAUAGACUCUGUGGACAUCAGUACAAUAGGCUUACAUGACCUGCGUUCGUGUUUGGGUAUCAUUCCACAAGAUCCAACACUUUUUCAGGGUACAGUAAGGUACAAUCUAGAUCCUCUUGGGCAAUUCUCAGAUCAGCAAAUAUGGGAGGUUCUUGACAAAUGUCAACUUCUUGAAGUUGUCCAGGAGAAGGAACAGGGAUUGGAUUCACAUGUUCUGGAAGAUGGGUCGAACUGGAGUAUGGGCCAAAGGCAGCUCUUCUGUCUGGGACGCGCACUCUUGAGAAGAUGCCGCAUCUUAGUUCUUGAUGAAGCAACAGCUUCUAUAGACAAUUCAACAGAUGCUAUUCUUCAGAAAACGAUCCGGACAGAAUUCACAUAUUGCACUGUCGUUACAGUGGCCCACCGUAUACCAACAGUUAUGGACUGCGAUAUGGUACUUACAAUGAGCGACGGGAAAGUAGUGGAGUUUGACAAACCUACAAAGCUCAUGGAAACUGAAGGAUCUCUCUUUCGUGAGCUGGUCAAGGAGUAUUGGUCAUACACAGCUAACACAAACUUUUAGAAGAGAAUCUUGAUUUCACUGGUUUGCUUGCUGAAGCUCUAUUAGCUUUUAUAAAGGAGAUAUAUGCUUGCCUUGAAAAAGAAAAAGAUCUAUGGUUAUAAUAUCUCAAUGGAAUUAUUCUAGUUGGUAUCCGAAGAAACGACAAUACCAUCUCCGGUGUUGUCUCGAAAUUUCUUUGGCUAUUUUCUUCUGCCAAAAACUCUGUGCACGGUGGACUGCCGGCCGCCUUCAGAAUUGCUGUACCGAAUAGAGUAAAUACCUGAAGAUUUCCUUGCCAAUAAGAUAUAGAAGGCUAAACAGGAGGGCCUUCAAGGCUGACCACACUCUAAAUGGGACCUCAUCAUUCUGAUCUAAAUCACAAGUGGCUCUGUUCGGUCGUUUUAAGUGGGAUUAUGAUAGGUGGGUCCCGCUGUUGUCGAUGUGGCGUCACUGUUGAUCCAUUUGGCUCGUUAGACGCCGUCAGAAGCCGUUCGCGGCCCGUCUUGAGCCGGAACUCAUUUGACCGGUCCACCCCCGCUAUCCCUUUGUCCGCAUCCUCCCCGCACCCUCUCUUUCCCUCCCCCGCACCCUCUCUCCGCACCCCCUCUCUCCUCAGACAUGACGAGGCGAGUGGCGGCGGCGACUGCGGUGGGCCUGCCAGUGGCGGAGACGACAGACCACCGGAGGCGGAUCUGUGCGGCAGCUCAAACCCCGGCGCCCCUUCGGAGAGCAGCCCCAACCCCAGCCCCCGGCACUCGCUCGAGUUCGCGGCGGCUAGAUCUUGGGCCAGGGCCGUGAAGGCGGAUCCGACGCAAAGCCACCAGUGGGGCUCGUCAUUUGGCGG